AUGGCUUCCCCAGAAACACUCGUUGCUUGCUUCCAAUCCACAUUUGAUGCAGGUAUUCACCGCUGGAGGGACAACCUCAAGCAUAUCAACAGCCAGAUGACGGACGUCGUCGAUGCACUGACCGCUCUUUGCAUAUCCGAACCUGGCACCUUUGCCGCUGCGGCCAUAGAGGUCCACUCAGGCAGUCCGUGCGUCUUGUAUCUCGCCACUUCUGACGAUGCGGUUGGCUCCCUCGAGUCCCACUUUCAGACCCUAGUAUGGAGGAGCCUUCAGGGGGUGGCGCUCUCGACGAACAGCACACCUCCCCCGCUCGAUUCGCCGGCGGUCGAUCUCGUAGUCGAGGUGUACGGCUUUGCUUGGGCGGCGUUCUAUGACCGCUUCGCGCCCGAGGUUGAAUACUAUUGCACGCAGUUCUUCCCUCAGGUCACAGUUCGGAGAACGGUCACGCGCACGAAGCCCGCGAACGCUGAGUUGAGGAACAUCGUUUCGACUCUCGGCCUGCUGCACCUCGACGACUCCGGACUGUUGAUAUACAGGAGCGCUCAAACAGCCCCUCCGCGUCGUCCAAGUCCCCAACGCGCGCCUCCCUUCGAAGUGAACAUGCACGACGACGCCGUGCUCAGCCUCUGGAAGGAGCACAAAGGCGUGGAGCGUCCUCGUGCAGAUCUGGACGCCCAGUGGGAUCGUCGAAUCAUCAAGCCAAUGCAGGUCGAGAUGGUUGCAGUGCGCCUUUAA